AGGGAAAGAGAUCAAUGGCUUUGGGUUUGGGAGGUCGCUAUUUAGGCCUUUGCCUUCUGCUUGCUUUCGUGCUUGUCUCUAAUGCUCGAACCACUCUUUUCUUCUCUCAACAUGAUGAAACAACAGAGAUGAAUGUGGCAGGAAGGUCCUUGAAAACGAUCAGCCUUAACGACUAUGGUGAAACCAGGGCAAAUAGUAGACAUGAUCCUUCAAGGCGCGGAGGCAGAAAAGGUUGAUCCAUGAAUUUAAAAUUAAUUUAGAUUUUGUGAAGUGAAUAAUUUGUGUGUAAAUGCUCCUUAUAUGUACAUGAGAGAUGGAAAUAAGAUAUUACAGAGAGGAUAAAAUUAGAGAAUGUGAAUCUCAUAAUUCAUAUUCUCACACUUGUUGUAAUCUUUCUGUCUCUCCACUUUAAAGAAAACUAUUACCUA